AUGAUCUUGCCUAGACACUGCUACUUGGACGAUCCCAGACAGAGCCACACCACCAUGACCGAAGAAAUCGACUACGACGCCAUAACAUGGCCUGCACAACUGACAAACGGUGUGCACCGCUCCAUGUACCCUCUGCUUGAACCCAGCAACCCAUCCCUCUCGGCAGCCGGCAAGACAGUCCUCGUCACGGGCGCUUCGGGGGGCAUUGGGCGCGCAAUUGCACAAGCAUGGACCACAGCCGGAGCCAAAGGGAUUGUGAUCACAGGCCGAAGGCUCGAAGCGUUGAAAGAGCUGGAAUCCGAGCUUGGAGAAAUCAGCCAGGGCAGGACAAAGGUGGUGGUAGUGCAAGCGGACAUGACGCAAGAGGACGAGGUGAAGCAACUAUGGCAAGCAGCAGCGAAAGAGCUCGGAACCAUGGACGUGCUGAUCAACAACGCGGGAUCCCUCACGCAAGCGCGGCUCGGACAGGACGCGCCGUCGAAGUGGUGGCACGACUUUGAAGUCAACGUCAAAGCUCCGCACCUCAACAUCCACCACUUCCUGGCCCAAUCCACACAGCCCCAAGGCACAGUCAUCACCCUCUCCACCGGCACCCUAGGCGGCCUGUACCCCGACUUCUCAUCCUACGUACCCAGCAAGCUCGCCUCCACAAAGGUAAUGGAGUUCCUGCACGCCGAGCAAGCGCAGGUGCGCUGCUUCAGCAUCUUCCCCGGCCUGGUGGCCACGGACAUGCCGCCGCGGCAGUACCUUGAAUUCGCGCGCGACGAUCCGAUGUUGAGCGGUGGGCUGAGUCUGUUCCUUGCUACGCCGCGCGCGGAGUGGCUGCGGGGGUGUGUGGUGAGUGUGAAUUGGGAUCUGGAGGAGAUGGAGGGGCAUCGGGAGGAGAUUUUGGACAAAGGGUUGUGCAGGUUGGGGUUUACGGGAGCGCGGUUUGGGAGGGGGGGACAUUGGGGGGCGGAGACGAAGGAGCGGGGUUGCACACCGUAG